AUGGACGUCGAAGGAGACAUCACCUCGCAGCUCGAGGGCAUCGCAUCAGCCUCAAAUCAACGCGACCGUGGUACCGCCUACCUCAGCCUUCUCAGCUCUCUCCUGAAUCCUCCACCUCAGCAUGCUUCUCAGCUCAUCACGUUCGGUACGCACUUCACCACCUCGACAACCAUGACCAUGGUCGUCGGACGACGGGUACUUGGUGCCUAUGUGAUGGCUCUCUGUGGUGGAAGCACUAUCUCGGAGAAGGACAAGAAGAUCUCGGGAGGUGAUGAAGGCGGAGAUGAGAGCAAGUGGGAAGAAGCUGGGAAGGCCGCCUUCCAGGGGGAGAAGGGGGAAGAUGUGAGGCGGGAGGUGGUAGAGGGUGUGCUGGACGCGCCUGGGAUGGCUGGAUGGUGCGAUGAGCAAACCACUGUGCUGCGCAAGCUGUAUUCAGAGAUACUCCAAUCUGAUGAGGACUGGAUUGGCGCGGCGAGGGCUCUAAUCAAGAUCCCGCUGGAGGGUGGUUCCAGACUUGUCCCCGACGAAGACAAGCUCGCCGUCUAUAUGAAGAUUGUCAGAUUACUACUCGAGUCCGGCGAAUCCGGUCAAGCACAGACCUACUUCUCCCGGGCAUCCCUCCUCAUCCGGCCAGAGAGUGACAAGAUCACUCAGCUGCAGUAUCGUCUGUCUCAGGCCCGUUUAGCCGACUACUCGGCGAAGUUCAAUGAGGCAGCUCAGAAGUAUCACGAGCUGAGCUUUGAUGUUUCCAUUGACGAGGAAGAACGGACACAGAUGCUAAAAUCAGCCGUAACCACCUCCAUCCUCGCCCCUGCCGGUCCACAACGAUCCCGCAUUCUCGCCGCUUUGAACCGAGACGAGCGAGUCCAGUCCAAUCUGGCUGCUCACCUGUCGGGGAUGCUGCGGAAGAUGUUGUUGGAGUAUAUCGUGCGGAAUGAGGAGGUCAAGGAGUUUGAGGCGGGAUUGGAGGAUCAUCAGCGGGCGAAGGUGGAAGGUGGGGGAACUGUGCUGGAGCGAGCUGUGCGCGAGCACAAUGUGGGCGCGUGUGGAAAGGUGUAUGAUAAUGUCAGCUUCGAGGCCCUGGGGUCUAUCCUGAACCUGGAUGCCGAUGGAGCAGAGGCGACAGCAAGGCGUAUGAUCGAGCAAGGACGUCUCCGAGCCUGGAUCGACCAGCCCCUCUCCCUCCUUUACUUCGAAUCUCGCUCAGAGCACGACACAGACGCGAACGCCCAAGGGACAGCAGGCGGUCUUGGCGUCGAGCGGGUGGAGAAACUCAUUGAGCCUGUCAGUUGGGUGGAAAGGUGGGAUGAUCGGAUUAGGGAUACGAGCAAUAAGGUCGAGUCUAUUGCUACUGCAAUCCAGGCGCAAGGACUGCUGGCCAACGGAGUUAAGGCAUGA